CCAGAAUGUCUUUCUUGUUUUUGGGGGUCGCAGGGGCCAGCAAGAAUGCAGACGUGCACGGGAUUCCCAGGACUUUUAGUUUUUGUCAACUUGCCCACCCCAUGAAGCAAGUAAAAAGUGUUAUUUCAUCAAGCACUGUGUGGACAAAUGACUCUCAGUUUAUUUAUGAAUUCAUAAAUCUGCGGUUGGACAACAGCAGUGAUUCGCAAGCGCUGCAGGAAAUGAUCCAAUUUGACUGAAUGGGUUUUAAACAAGAAGAAGAAGAAAACUGAAGACAUCUUGGGAACCAUUUUUCCACAUUCCCCAAAUCCAACUUUCCCACAAUUCCACAUUUUCGUGAAGAUAAAUCCCAUUGAAAUGAAUCCUUCCACAUUUCGCAACCGAUUCAAGACUGUCCGACUUCAAAAUAUUUGCAAAAUUCAGGACAGUGUGUCUUGGGAAGGAUUUUCAAUAUUCCGCAUUUUCCAUCACAACAUUCCCAAAUCAAUGCAAACAUUUGACGUAUUUACGUCCUCCUCCCACAUUUCUCAACCGAUUCAGACCAUUCCAACUUCACAGAAUCCAGCUCGUCAAAACGGCUUAUUUUGGCAUAGUGGAUUUUUUUUCAUGACAAAAUGAGUCCAUAUUAAUGGAUACAUAAAAAAAAAAAAAAAAAAGACCUCAAUCAAUUAAAGUGAACUUUACGAGCCACACAUUCAACAUUUGUUCCCCCAAUGUGAAUCAAUUCCACAGCAUUCCAGUUCCAGCAAGCAUCCAUUUUCUGUACCGCUCAUGCAUGUUUUUGGAAUGGGGGAGGAAGCCGGAAUACCCGGAGAAGAACAACGCGGCGCUCCAGCUGCUCCCCUGAGACGUCACUAUUGCCCCCCCCCCCUCCCCCCACCCACCCACACCCACACCCGUGCUGCUCUCUGAUUGGGCGCCAGUGUGAGGAAGUGCGGAGACGCGGGCCUAUAAAUAGGAGGCGUGAACGAAGCCGGGAGAGAUCACGUUGCGCGUGAACAGCGCACACGUCCAGCCAUGGCGCCUGCGAUCUCGCCGCAAGACUCGCACGCCCCUCUCACGCACAAGAUCCGAAAGCCUCUGGUGGAGAAGUUACGGCGAGAGCGAAUCAACGGCAGCAUCGAGCAGCUCAAGUCUCUCCUGGCUCCGGAGUUCCUCCGGCAGCGCCCGGACUCCAAGAUGGAGAAGGCCGACGUGCUGGAGAUGAGCGUUUGCGUCCUGAGGCGCCUCCAGUCCGUCCGUCGGGGUUACGCCAAGUGCGCCAGGGAGGCGCCGCGCCUCCUGUCCCAGGAGGAGCGCUCGGGGCUGCUCGGGUCCUCUUGCGAGGACAAGAUGAGAGAAGAGGACUCGUUUCCUCUCGGCAAGGAGGACAGCUCGGCCAAGAGCGGCCCGUGGAGGCCCUGGUAGACCGUCGGGACUUUGGAUCGAGUCAAACUGGCCUUUUGUGAAGGCUUCCGUCUUGCUGUGCAGACAAUGUUUGCAUUAUUGUUCUUUUUGUUCCAAAAAAGACAAAAGAAACAUUCCCAUGCUUUGUAGUCCAGUGUUACUCUGCGUAGUAGAUGGAAUUAUUCCUAAUAGGAAUGCUUGUACAGUGAACCAUUCCCUUUCCCGGACUUUAUAUAUUCCUGUAUUACUCUGUGUAGUCAAUGGAAUUAUUCCCAAUGGGAGCGCUUGUAUAUUUGCUAUUACACAAUGGAAUGGCGUAUUGGUAUUUUAUUUUAUUUUGUAAUUCCUCUAUGAAGAAGCAAUUGUCAUACAUGUUGAACAUGUUUGAGAUUCACGUGCGUGUUUUACGAUCUGUGUCCAAUGCAGAUGGCGAGGAACGCUUGCGUUUUUGUGAACGACGACACGCACGUCGCAAUGAAUGUAUUGCUUGCAGACCAAGGCAUUCGCAUUAAAGCAAUCAUGAAAAACAAAAACAAAAACAC